AUGCUCUCUGAGGCCAACGAACAGUCACAUCUUCCGACAGGGGCGGAAGUUGUCGCUCGAUGGGAGGGUGAAGCUGAUCAAUUUGACUUUGAUCGACCGCGAUGGAAUCCAAAGUGUCAACGCUUCUCUCAAAUGGUUUGGAGAGAUACGACAGAAUUAGGAGCUGCUCGAGCUUGGAAUACCGCGAAGAACUGUGUGGCAGUUGUUUGUUUCUAUAGGCCAAGCGGGAAUUCGAAUGCUCCAGGUAGGUAACU